UGGCGGCAUUGGCGCGUAAAUUUUUUCGGAUUGCUUGGUUUGUAUUUGUAUCAGAACAAAAUAUUCUUAAUAAAAAUGUUUUCUCCCGAGGAACAGCAAAUAGAAAUAUGUCUUCUAAAAUCCAAUUUGGAAAAAAUCGGAGACGACUUGUUAAAUCAGAACUCGGCCCUACCUGCCUUAGAUGCAGAAAAUGAUCAGAAAUACCGUGAAACCAUGACCGCGCUGAGGAUCGCGCGCUCUCUCAACGCAGAGAGGGAGCGACUCAAUCUGGAAAAUGUGAGGCUGACAGCAAAACGGAUGCAGCUAAAACGCCAGUGCGAAGACAUAACUAAAGAGCUCGACUGCGCCAGGGAAAACCGGAACCAACUUACUGAUUUACUGAAAAGGGACGAGAGAAAUGUCGAGCUGCUAAUUCGAAACUACGAAGAUACACUUCGCGGAAAGGCAGACCGUUUCAGGGAAACAAGCUCUUUUUAUGAUGAAGACAUAAUGAGAUUGGAAAUCGAAAAAGUUAACAAUACUAUGAACGAGCUUGAGAUCGAAAUGGGGAAACGUGAAAAGGUCGUUGGAGAUUUGAAAUUUCAACUGGAUCACCUCGAGUCGGACAUACCUGAAGAUUUAAUGAAUAUAGUAGGAAAAGCGGAGUUGGAAGAGAAAGUAAAAGAAAUAACUGAGAAAUAUAAAACUUUAUGUAAUAGCAAAGAUCGACUGCUUCAAAAAUAACUCGCUUAUAAUUACUUGUUACUUUAAGAAUACUUCUAGAUAAAAUUAAAUUGUUUUAUUGAUUUCAAAAGCGUAAUAAAGUUUUCCUAAAUUUAUUUCGUAUUUUUGUUCACUCACUUUCUCACACUGUUUGUAUAGAAAACUUAAGUUAUUAUUAUUUGAUAAAGAAAAACUUAAAAGCAAAAAUGUUUUCAGACCUUAGAAAUAGAGAAUUUCAAUAUGUACUAUACAAUCUUAAUAUAUAUAAAUCUCGUGUCACAAUGUUUGUCCUCAAUGGACUCCUAAAC